AUGGUCGCUGCAGUGGCUCAGAGCCAAGUGGCUGUUGAUACCAAGCAAGGGGCUGAGGCGUCGACGAUGACAUCGUCGAACCAGUCACCAGUCGGCAUUCAGUCGUUUUAUGAGUCAAAGAUUCAGUCGUAUGAGCUCAUGAUCAACGAAAAGUCACAAAACCUUCGCCGCCUGGAGGCACAGCGCAACGCGCUGAAUGCCCGUGUUCGUUUGAUUCGGGAAGAGUUACAGCUCCUACAGGAACCCGGAUCGUACGUGGGUGAAGUCGAAAAGGUGAUGGGAAAGAAGAAGGUGCUUGUCAAGGUACAACCGGAAGGCAAGUAUGUUGUGGGUAUUGCGCCGGAUAUCGAUAUCACCCAGUUGAAGCCGUCUCUCCGUGUGGCGCUUCGCUCUGACUCUUAUACAUUGCAUAAGAUUCUUCCAAACAAAGUGGAUCCCCUCGUUUCCUUGAUGAUGGUCGAAAAGGUUCCUGACAGCACAUAUGAAAUGGUCGGUGGUUUGGACCGUCAAAUCAAGGAAAUCAAGGAAGUGAUUGAACUUCCUGUGAAGCAUCCAGAGCUGUUUGAGAGCUUAGGUAUCGCACAGCCAAAAGGUGUGCUUUUGUACGGCCCUCCAGGUACUGGUAAGACACUUCUAGCUCGUGCUGUGGCUCACCAUACGGACUGCAAGUUCAUCCGAGUCAGCGGUAGCGAACUGGUGCAGAAGUAUAUCGGUGAGGGUAGCCGUAUGGUACGUGAGCUUUUCGUUAUGGCGCGUGAACACGCUCCGUCGAUUAUCUUCAUGGACGAGAUCGACUCUAUUGGUUCCAGCCGUGGCGAAGGCGGUGGUAGCAAUGGCGAUUCGGAAGUCCAGCGCACUAUGCUCGAGCUUUUGAACCAGCUUGACGGUUUCGAGGGCACUCAAAAUAUCAAGGUCAUUAUGGCUACCAACCGUAUUGAUAUCCUCGAUAGCGCCUUGCUGCGUCCUGGCCGUAUUGACCGUAAGAUUGAAUUUCCGCCGCCAGGCCCGGAAGCGCGCGUUCAAAUCUUGCGUAUUCACUCGCGUAAGAUGUCACUGCAGCGUGGUAUCAACCUACGUGUUCUUGCGGAGAAAAUGGGACAGUGCUCCGGUGCCGAAGUUCGUGGUAUCUGCACAGAAGCUGGUAUGUAUGCUCUGCGUGAACGACGGCAACACGUGUCGCAAGAGGACUUUGAGUUGGCCAUUGCCAAGGUCCUUAAGCGUCAAGCGGAUGGCUCUAUGAGCGUGAACAAGCUUUUCACAUAG